AUGUCUUCAGAAAAGGAAAAUGAAGUCCUGUCAAUGUUUUUUGAUGACGCCUUUGUGCCUCACGACUACCUUGACGCUUUAUUCACAUCUUCAUUAAACCUUAACGCCCCUCAACUAAAGAACAAGUCAGUCACAUUCGCAUCUCCGAACUCUCUUAAAUUAUUACAAGGUAAAUGUCUCUCACUAUUAACACAUUUGGACUACUACACCAACGAGCUCACACACCAAUUUGAGAAGAAGCUUCAGGAUUUGCACAACUCGUCGUCGAUAAUAUCAUAUGCCUCAGAAAAUAGUGGAGGCAUUACCAGGCUGGAGUACUACGUGGAGUAUCUCGCUUCCUCAAUCAACUCUCUCAACAGAGAUAUGGACGACGUGAACGCAAAGUUGAAUAAUGUGCAGCAACAUCCAGAAUCGCAGGAGUUGAUUAAAAACAUUCAAACGCUCAAGUUAGUAAAAGACCGUAUCCAAGCUGUGCUGAAUAUAUUUGAGACCGUCCAAGCAGUGGUGCUGACGAGCGCAAUCGAAGAGGAGAAGCUGAAUGGUGCGCAUCAAUUAUCUUCCUUAGCGCCUACAGGUGCUUCCUCCGAAGAGGCGGCCACCAAUGUCUCACUAGACACGUUCUCGUCCUCGCUCAAUAUCCUGGAAGAAACCAUUAUGGAACAAAUACAGAAAGAAAAAGGUUUAGGCGAGGUAAACAAUGAUCUCUUGGAGAAAAUACAGGUUCUUGUGGAUUUGACGCCCUUUUUUAAGAGCCUAACAAGGUUCUACCCCGUUUAUGCUGAUUUUGCGCAGUUUCUGGAGAAUGAGAAAAAACGGUACCUUGCUAAAUUUUAUAAAUAG